UUCUUCGUGCUAAGUAAAAUUUAAAGUUUUGUACUGAUCAAAUUAUACUUGCCAUUUAAGAAGCAUGACGUCAUUAAUUCAGUGCAAAUUCUAAUCAAAGCAAAAUAAAUAAGCAAAAGGUCCGAUUCCGUUUAUUAUAUCUGCUUCUCAUCAUUUAUAAUUCAGUCGACUCAUUUUGCUGGACCUUGAAUGUUUGUAAUUAAGUAUAUAUAAUAUACAUGUUAUUUGUGUUUUAUAUACAUAUACACACAAAGAAAUAUAACAAAUAAUAAUAAUAUCAGCUUGUAACUUUGGCACAAUUGGAUUGAAUCAUUCUGUAAAUAGUUUACUUAGUCGGUGACCAUAAAGCCUCAGGCAAUGGAUCCCAAACUUGGAAAUGCCCAUAUCUCCUCUCGUCUUCCUGGGCCAGCAAUAAAUCCAAUAGUGGAAAAUUCAGAAGAACCUCAGCCGAGCUUGUCAGAUUUGCAUGAUUUCGAACCGAAAUUAGAAUUCGAUGACACAGAAUUACUAUCGCCCGCACCUUUGCAAAAAGAUGUUAUGGUUGACGGGUUUGUAUUAACUGAAGACGAGGAAAUUGAACCUGCGGACAUAGUGAAUCCGCUUGAAGACGAUUUUGAGGAUCAGCUAAGGGAGGACCAAGCUGAAAGUAUUGUGAGCGUUAAAAAUAAAUGCGAUUUUCUUGGAACAGACAAACAAGGUAGACAUAUAUUUGCAAUUUAUGCAUCACGAUUUCCUGAAAAAUCACAAAUGGAAAAAUUCAUCUGUGAUGUUAUAAAAGAAAUUGAACCAUUUGUAGAGAAUGAUUAUAUUCUCGUCUAUUUUCAUCAAGGCCUAAAGGAGCAUAGUAAACCAUCAGCACAAUUGUUGUGGAAUUCUUAUAAGGAAUUAGAUCGGAAUUUUCGUAAAAAUCUGAAAAAUUUAUACGUAGUCCAUCCUACUUUGUUUAUACGUUUUAUAUGGAAAUUUUUUAGUCCAUUCAUUAGCGACAAGUUUCGACAAAAACUUGUAUAUAUUUCCAGUUUGGACGAAUUACGCCAAGCUUUGGGUCUAUCUAAGAUAAAGGUACCCAACAGCGUUUGCGAUUUCGACGAUCAAUUAUUUCGCAGUAAAAGUUCUGGUACUUUCGGUUACGGAUACGGCAGCGGUAACAAUAGCACAACAAAACAAAUGGCCAACACAGUACAAUUUGGUGCACCACUUAAAUUUAUAGUUUCCAAUAGCCCUUGCCUGAACUCUAUACCACCAAUUGUAAGAAAAUGCGUCGAUUCUCUCUCUAUGACUGGCAUGAUUGAUACAGAAGGCAUUUUUCGACGAUCAGGCAAUCAUACCGAAAUAAUUGCGUUGAAAGAGCGAGUAAAUCGUGGUGAAGAUGUAGACUUAUCAAAGGUUAAUGUGCACGUAAUUGCUGGGUUGUUGAAAAGCUUCUUACGGGAUCUUAGCGAACCGUUGCUUACGUUCGAGUUAUACGAUGACAUCACGAGUUUCUUAGAUUGGCCCAAGGAGGAGCGUUCACGUAAUGUUACUCAGCUUAUUAGGGAAAAGUUACCUGAAGAAAACUAUGAGCUUUUUAAGUACUUAGUAGAAUUUCUAGUCCGUGUCAUGGAAUGCGAAGACUUAAACAAAAUGACAUCUUCGAAUUUGGCUAUUGUUUUCGGCCCGAACUUUUUAUGGUCUAAUAGAAGCAAUACAACUCUCGAGGAUAUCCGGCCGAUAAAUGCAUUCAUUGAUUUCGUACUACAAAAUCACAAGGACAUUUACCUGAUCGAUGUAAAUCAGCGCCAUACCCCAAUCGGCUGAAACUAGAUUUUAAAUGAUGAGAUUCGAAAUGCACAACCAUAAAUUCAACUGCAAUUUAGUGUAAGUUUUAAAGUAAGCACCCAGCUUUAAGUUUGUCGGUGCGCAAAUUUGUAUUAUAUACUAAAAUUUGAAAUAAGAUUUCAUUAAGCAUAAAAGAUAAACUUGUUAAGAACAAUUUUUAAGAAAAAACAAACAAAAAGAAAACAAAACAUUCAUGCGCUACCUGCGUACAAAGGUUAUUGUAAGUGUGCGCCAAUCUAUUGAAACUUAUUUUAUUCAAGGGCACUAAAAAAUUAAGCGCAACAAAUAUUUUUAUUUUGAAAAACAAAAAAGAAAAUCAUUGUAAAGAGCAUUUGUAAAAUACAUUGAUGAUUUCUAGUACAACUUGUUUAUGAACAGUUCACCGGUAUAUCUUAAUUAUGUGUACAAUAUGAAGAGUGUAUUUUAUGUAAAUUCAUUUUUAAUCAAAUAUAAAUAUUAUUUAACAUUAUUCCAAAUCCAAAGAAA